AACAACUACAAAGGCUUUACACAGGACGAUCCAGGUGUAGUCUGUAGCGCUCGAGCGGGAUGAAGCGUUCUCACGUCCACAGCCUGGCGACACAGAAUAGGCGUUAAAAAACAGGCAUGCUGUAGCACAUUUGCACACACAAACGCACGCGCACACGCACAGAAGAAAUUCCCGCACCGACGGAUGCGCGCCGGUUUGUCAUGUCUUACACGGAGCUCGCGCUGUUGAAGGAGUGUCUCUGUCAGAACACAUGAACCUAAAACAAUGUCGGAGCAGGUUUAUGGCUUGACGUUAUCUGCAGCACCUCCGCUUCGCAGAGGAAGCACACCACUACCGAUCAAGCACCUGUUAACGCGAGAGGAAGCCGUCUCCGAGGAUUAUGACUGGAUCCCCGGGCUCGACGAGCCUUCCGCAUUGGCGAUCGGCGGCUGUAGUGACGCUCAAGACGCGCCGCUUCUUCUUAAGGUGCCGGAGCAGAAGUACCGCGGGCCACUGCGGAUUGUCCUGUUAGGGCAGAACGGAGUGGGCAAAUCAUCACUGGCCCUCUCUCUCGCUGGUCUGUCUGACCGAUCACUUUCUGUAGACUCUGAAACACUAGCAAGCGAUGAAGGGUAUCAGCGAAGGGUGACUGUAGAUGAUGAGGAUAGCUCAAUCUUGGUGUAUGACAACUGGAAACAGGAGCUCUCCUUGCUACAGUGUGAGGUGUGCAUCCUGGUGUUCUCGUUGACGGACCGCCGUAGCUUCCAUCGCGUGUCUCAGCUGCGCUUGUUGCUGAGGGAGAGCCAACCUAACACUCCCGUCAUCCUCGUGGGCAACAAGAGUGACCUAGUGCGCUCCCGGGAGAUCAGCACAGAGGAGGCCCACUCACACGCCAUGAUGUUCGACUGCAUGUACCUGGAGCUCUCCGUCUCUCUGGAUCACGGGACUAAUGAGCUCCUGGAGACGGCGGUGAGGGCCGCCCGGGGCCACAGCCUCGGGCCCGGGUGGACUGAUGGCUCACCCAGAGGCGGGCGUCGUGAAAGUCUUACCAGCAAGGCCAAGCGCUUCCUGUCAGGCCUGGUGCCACGGUCCCACCACGGCCGGGAGCGCAUCCGUGAGCAAGAGCGACAAAGAGGCAACCGAAUGUUUCGACAGAAAUCUCGCUCCUGUCAUGACCUCAGUGCCCUGAUGUAGAGACGGAUUAGUAACUGCAGGGUGAAAAAUAAAACAAUCAUAUGUCAGGUUAAAUACAGGAAAAGCUACAACAUUAUCAUCAUGCAGACAUUAUAUCAUACAUGUGGCAGUCUGGGAAAACCAUUUGUAGCUUAAUUUUUGAAAACCAAAAGAAAAAGGUUGUUCUCCCAAUAAUACACUUUGACAUUGUGAUGUCUUUACCACACUCACACACUCUGUACAGGUGACAUAGGACAAUAAUUGAUUAUUUUUUUGAAUAACCUAACAAAAAGGCUUUAAAGAUAUGACGUGAUUUAAUUUUAACCAACAGAACUGACAAAACUCGCAGUGCACGAUUUUUGCAGCCCAGGUUAUGAAAGAUGCAGUUGACGCUAAAGUGAGAACUUAUUUUUUAUAGUCUGUGGUGUAUAGUCUUAUUUUUUUGUCUGUGGUGUUUUCAAUUUUUUCCCAUUUCAUUUUGGGAGGCUUUCAAAUGCAAUACCUUUUCGUCUUCUUUGAGAUGUGUGCAAAUAAAAACAAGUUUAGGGUUUUCCCAUGCUGCCACACAGAUAUAGAUAGUUGUGUAAAAAACAUUAUUAUUUUUGUUGUUUCAUAAAUAAUACUCAAGAGGAAGAAGAGAAAAAAAAAAAGCAGGAAACUUCUCAUCACACACUUACACAGUUGUAGUGUAGCUCCUCGACAAGUUUUAUGCUGAAAUUUAUGAUGGCAGUAUUAUAAUUAGUGCAUGAACAUGUAGAUCUUUUUGUACAGUAGCUGAUUUCCCCCCCCCAAAAAAAUACCAAAUAUCGGUCUUUAAAAUGACUUUUUCUGCCCUUAAGAAUGUGGGGCACCAUAGAUAC